AUGGCGGACAAAAACAGCCAGGAUCACGUGAUGACGGUUGUCUACGGCGGACAAAAACAGCCAGGAUCAUGUGAUGAAGGCUGUCCAAUGAACAUCAGACAUUGUCAUGUGAAGACGAAUGUCAUUGGGGUCAACAGCAGUCAGGGUCACACGAGGACGAGAGCUCCACAUUCACCCCCACGCCACGGCUGCCCUCUCGCCCCUCCCACGGUCCGCCCGCGCAGUGACGCCACGGCCGCCGCGCGCAGGACGCGCCACGGCCCCCGCCCACCGCCACGCCCCGCGCGCGGACCGCCACGGCCGCUGCGCCGGCCACGCCACGCCGCCCGGCGCAACGCGCCACGGCCGCCCGCGCCGACGCCACUCCGCCCGCGCCCGGACGCGCCACGGCCGCCCGCGCGCAGGACGCGCCACGGCCGUCCGCGCGCCGACCGCCACCCUCCCGCGCGCAGGACUGCCAGGCUCGCGCAGUACGCGCCCGGCCCCCGCGCCUCCGCCACGGCCCCCGCGCAGGCACUGCCACUCCGCCCGUCCAUGACGCCCACUUGCCGCCCGUCCUGCACGCCCUCCCGCCCGCGACGCCCACCUCCUCGCCUACCUACUCGCACGUCCCCACUCGCCAUACCCCACCCCCUUAUCAUCACUUCCCCUUCUCCCCCCUCCCUUAACUCUCCCUUCCCCCUUCUCAACCCACUUCCCCCUCCUUACUUCCACUCCUCCUCGCAAACCCCACGCCGUCCGUCGCAGACGCGCCGGCCCCGCCGCUACCCCCGACGCCGAAUCAGCGCCGCUAACGCCCCCGCUGCCGACCGCCCUCCCCAGGCCCCCCGACGCGCCACGGCCGCCGCGCACGCCACUGCGCCCGUCUCUCCGCGCCGACCGCCUCCCUCUUCCCCCCGCCACCCCCUCCCCUCUCCACUCCUCCGCUCCGCUCACCAAUCCACUUCCCCCGCCCCUUACCUCCUUCCUGCCUCUCCUUCCAUCCACCUCCCUCCUCGUACCCCACUUCCUCCCCUCCGCACCCUUCCUCCCCCCAUACCAGCACUUCCGCCGCCUCGCCGCCACGCCCCUGCCAUUCCACUCCCCCGCGCGCUCGCUACGCCAGGCCCCGCGCCAGACGCGCCACGGCCGCCGCGCGCAGGACCGCCACCCGCCCGCGUCGCCGUACCGCCACGGCCGCGCGCGCAGCCCCGGCCGCCCCUCGCAGACGCGCCACCCGCCCGCGCCGACCGCCACGGCCCCGCGCCUCCACCCACGUCGCCCGCCGCAGACGCGCCAGCCGCCCGCCGCCUGCCACGCCACGGCGCCCGCCUCGACCGCCACGGCCGCCCGCGCGCGGACGCCACGGCCGCCCGCGCUGCAGGACGGCCACGGCCGCCCGCGCGCGGACGCGCCACGGCCGCCGCGCGCCGGACUGCCACGGCCCCGCGCGCAGGCGCCACGCCCGCGCAGCCACGGCCGCCCGCGCGCGACGCGCCACGGCCGCCCGCGCGCCGGACGCGCCACGGCCGCCCGCGGCAGACGCCACGCCGCCGCGCGCCGUACGGCCACGCCGCCCGCGCGCAGGACCCCACGGCCGCCGCGCGCAGGACCGCCACGGCGCCGCGCGCAGGACGCGCCACGGCCGCCGCGCGCAGGACGCCACGGCCGCCCGCGCGCAGGACGCAGGGCCGCCCGCGCGCAGUGACGCCCACGGCCGCCCGCGAGCGCGGACGGCCACGGCGCCGCUGCGCGGACGCCACGGCCGCCCGCGCGCCGGCCACGCCACGGCCCCGCGCGCAGGCGCGGCCACGGCCGCCGCGCGCAGCCAGCCACGGCCGCCGCGCGCAGGCACGCGCCACGGCCGCCCGCGCGCCAGGACGCGCCACGGCCGCCCGCGCGCUAGGACGCGCCACGGCCGCCCGCGAGGCGCGACGCGCGCCCGCGCGCAGGACGCGCCACGGCGCCGCGCGCGGCCACGCCCACGCCGCCCGCGCGCCGGACGCGCCACGGCCGCCCGCGCGCCGACGCGCCACGGCCGCCCGCGCGCGGACCGCACGGCCCCCCGGGCGCGUCAGGGCGCGCGCACGGCCGCCCGCGCGCAGGGACGCGCCACGGCCGCCCGCGGCCAGGACGCGCCACGGCCGCCCGCGGAGCACGCUGCCACGGCGCCCGCAGGCAGCGCCACGCCUCCCGCCGCGGACGCCCACGGCCGCCGCGCGCCGGACGCGCCACGGCCGCCCGCGCGCCGGACGCGCCACGGCCGCCCGCGUCCGGACGCCCACGGCCGCCGCGCGCAGCACGCCACGCCGCCCGCGCGCAGGACGCGCCAAGGCCGCCCGCGCGCGGAACGCCACGGCCGCCCGCGCGCCGACGCGCCACGGCCGCCCCGCGCGCACGGAACUCUCCACUGCCUCGCGCGCCACCUCGCAGGACGCUCCAGGGUGUUUCUGCCGUCCGCCCUGCUCAUUACUCUCCACUGCCUCCUCCUCUCCUCCACGCCACGUCCUCCCGCUUCUCAUUAUCUCCACUUCCUCCCGCUCUCCUUACUCUCCACUUCCUCCCUCUCUCCUUACUCUCCACUUCCUCCCUCUCUCAUUACUCGCCACCCACUUCCUUCCCUCAUGCUCAUUGCUCUCCACUUCCCUCCCUCUCUUCCUUACGCUCCACUAG